AUGGGGACGUGGCGAAGCUUGCGCGUGGCGUUUAUUUUGGGCUCUGUGUUCGUGAUCCUGCUAAUCAUCGCCUAUUGGGAUGAUGUUGGCGGGUUCAACCUCUACCCUCUGCGGGACCGCAACCUUGAGUGUUGUCCUCAGACUGCCACUAGCCCCUCUUCCACGCUCCCGGCAUCCAUUGCAGCAACAUUCAGCAUGAUGUGGUCUCCUGAGGGCAUGAACAAAAGUGUGGAGGGGAGAAAGCAACUGCAGACUGGAAGAGGGUAUGCAGUGGCGAAUAACGAAGGGGACGAGAGCAGGGAUACGGCUGGACGUCAGCAGCAGACGGCGAGGAAGCAAAGGAUUAUGGAUGUUUGUGCAGGGAAGGACUUUCCCGGAAGUACCCGUGCAUUUGAACAGAUUCCAAACAGGGAAUUGGACCACCUGAUAGUCGAUGACAAGCACAAGAUCAUCUACUGCUAUGUUCCUAAGGUUGCGUGCACCAACUGGAAGAGGGUGAUGGUGGUCCUGUCAGAGUCUCUGGUCUCUCCCAUCUCAGGAAAGCCUUACACUGACCCGGGGUCAAUUCCUCCAAACGUUGUGCACAAAACUUCGCUUCACCUCACUUUUGCCAAGUUUUGGCGCCAAUAUGGUUCUCUGUCCCGCCACUUGAUGGAGGUCAAGCUCCAGCACUACACCAAGUUCCUGUUCGUACGGGACCCCUUUGUCCGACUCAUUUCGGCCUUCAGGAGCAAGUUCGGAAGGCCCAACGAGGACUUCUAUCGCAUGUUUGGCUCGGUCAUCCUUCGGCGCUUCGGCAACCUAUCAGGGAGUUUGCCGGAAACUGCGGCCGAUGCGUUUGCGGCAGGGAUCAAACCAACCUUCCAGCAGUUUGUCUCAUACCUGCUGGAUGCAGAAACUGAGAAGGACAGCAUCUUCAAUGAACACUGGCGCCAGGUAUAUCGUCUCUGCCAUCCAUGCCAGGUGAAGUAUGACUUCAUUGGGCGACUGGAAACACUGGAAACGGAUGCCGAGCAACUUCUGAAGCUUCUUCAAGUGGAUCAUUUGCUGCGAUUCCCCUCGGGACCGGAUAACCGAACUGCGGCCAGCUGGGAAAGAGACUGGUUUGCACAGAUUCCUGUCUCAAUGAUGACAGAGCUGUACAAGCUUUACCAACCAGACUUUGAGCUCUUUGGCUAUCCUGAACCUGUAAGCGUGCUCCGCCACCAGUAA